AUAGACUAGUAAUGGCCAAUGGCGGGCGGCUUCUCACGGUAGUCUCGUUCCCAACAAUUGGCCUUGAACACAAACUUGUAGUCCAACUGUGGCUCGCUGUGAUGUUGCUUUGGGGAUGGCUAUAUUUUCAAAAUUAAUGCGGCUUCCUACAUGUUCCGUUUCUGGCAUAGCCGUUUAAACAUGGAAACGCCACUGCACUUCUUGACGGUUUGUGGUUUGACACAGUGACGGUCAUAUGAGCUUACAUUGCUUACAUGCCUUCAUGAGCUGGUGAUGGAGACGCGGGAGUCUAUAUUUGAGCAGUCAAAUUUGUCCGGGUUGCUGCGCUCCCCUCAAGCAACUUCGACUGCAAGAAAGACAUCUAACAGAUGUAGACCUUGCCAGCAAGGCAUGCACAGUGUUAGAAACAAGCUCUUCACUAGCACAGAUGAGUCACCUUCAAUGUUACAUGAGACUACCGCUGCAGGAACCUAUGACGGACCUUGCACUUCACUUGGAAAACCUGCGAGAAAAGACGAUGAGAAAAUGAAUUCAUUUCUGGAAGAAAGCAAGCAACGGCUGUCUUUAUUAGUUUCUGACACUGUGUGCCGUAGUAUUGUAAAAGUGCUUCCUCCAACAAAUGCCAGAAAUGCCACUGCUAAAGACUUGUUAUCUCAAGGCAUUGAGGAAAUUGGAGGGGCCACCACAUCUCAGUUUUGGAUGGCUGGCUGUAAGCAACAGGUCUCGGUAUCACAGUCUCUUGUUAGGAACCCUUUAGCCGAUGCCAGCGUUCUUGACCUCUCACAAAUUUUCAAAGGGAUAGAUGUUCAGGAUACUACCAUUUCACGGCACUCUCAGGUGUCCUUCCAGCCCAAACAAAUUUCUGCCCGCUCGACUUCUGUUAGUAGUGCAAGCUUAGGCAAACCAGCCAAGCCAUCUGAGAUGGUUGCAUGGGAUACCUUACAGUCAGAUGGAGUUGGGAACAGAUCAAGCAUGUUUGAAGGAGACAUUUCCAAAGGCAUGUCAGCAGCCGAAUUCUCUGGUUUUCAGAGUGUUCAGAAUGUCAUCUUUCCAGACGAAGAAUUCUACACAAGUGGGCUGGCUGAAGAAAAAUUAAAAGAUGAUGAAGAGCAGUUUAAGAAAGAUAAUAUGUUUGAUGGUCUACCUUGUGAGGCACCCUGUGAAAGUCUACAGGAGAGCAUUGGGCCUCAGGACAUAACGCGGCCAUCUUGGAUAAAUGGUGAUGGGAGCAGGGUAUCGUUAGGAAGUUACAUUCGGGGACGGUCAGCACCUAUACAUAACAUGUUGUCACCUGCAGAUUUGGGUGUGGAGGAAGCCAUUAUGAAUGAAACCAGCAAUAGAAUCUCAAAACUGCCACCUUCAGAGUCUGUGCAAGAGCUUGUGCUUCAGAAUUUGGGUUUCGAUAAGACUUUCAUUUCUGUGUGUGAUCGUUCAACUUCUGCAGACCAGAAACUUGGCCAGACUCCAUCAUGUGCUUCAAAGCUUGCUCCUGAUUUACCUCCUACAACUCUGCGAGAUGACAGUACUGUCUGUUCUCUUUCGCUCUCCACGAUCAACAAUCUCUUUGGUGACACAUCUGUUACGGAGGCGCCAGGAGCCAUAUUGCAGAAGCUUGUUUGUGCUACAAAGGCAGAUUGUUCUACAGGCAAAAGAAGCAAAGAAGUCGCAAAAAAGAAGCAUCCAUUGAAGAGUCAGAUGGAAGAAAGUGACAGUGACAGCAUUUUCAAACGACCAUUUCCUGUGUUGCCGCGUGUGAAGCCAAGCUCUACACACAAUGCAUGUGCUGCAGGACUUUCUCAUACUGCUCCCAACCUUUGCCAACCACGAAAGAACUUGGGCUCUGAGCAAGCUACUAAAGCAGGCUACAGUGCUAGCCCAACUGAAAAUGUGAGCCAAUCCACAGGAACACUUCAGAAAACUUGUGAAAAAAGCUCUAAUGCAGCCGUUGGUGAUUUGCCCAAUUCAUUUGUUAAUGGCUGUCUGAGAACUUGUGAGUGGGUGAUGAAAUCUGCAUCAGAUUCUGAGGUGGAUGCAAACUCUGUGGUAAAACAAGUGCCGCCAUUACCAGGAACCCCAUCUUUGCAAACAAGAAAUGGGAUUUCAUUUCGUGUUGCACCAUGUCCAAAUGCCAGCACUUCAGUGCUAAUUGCUCAAGAUGGCGGUAAAGGUGAGUGUGAUGCCGGAACAACAUCUGAUCCAAAUGCUGCUCAGAGUAAAGCACAAGCAUCGUUGGACCCUAGUGGUUCUAGGAGCGACUCUGGGAGUUGUUGCUCUGCCUGGGACCAUCCCUGGACGCAAGGCAAUAUGCGUGUGCUCAAUGCAGAAAAACGUAACCUUUCAACACCCUCGUGUAGUAGUGAAUCUUCUGGAGGUGAAGGUGGUAACACCGUCAUGGUUGUCCCUGGACAGCUCAACCAACAAAUGGACUUAGACUUAGGCUGUGUAUGUGUUGGAGUGCUGAAGAAGGCCGUACUUACGUUUAUUAAUCCAGCUGAAUGCAUAAUGCACUAUUCUUUAAAGUGGUCUGAAAGCCACUUUAGUGAUGACAUCAUUGAUGGUAUUGGCUUUGUGGACGUCAGCUUCCCUGAAGUGGUUACUGUCAAUGCCCUACAAUCUAAAGAAGUGAAGGGCACCUUUUUGUCAAGAAAGCCUGGUAAGGUGACAGCUACAAUUGAAGUUCAGCCCAUGCAACUACCUUCAGAACCCAUCCAGAUCUCUCUCUCUGCCCUUGUGGAAUGGCCUCACCUUCGUGUGGAAGUUCCCAGACCUCAAGUAUUCAAAGGAAUAGACCUUGAUGGACCAGACUGCAUGGGAACUGUAGUAGUGACCAAUAAGAGCUCAUGCACUGUACCAUUCAAGGUCAUGAUUAUUGAGGGUCAGGGAAGCUUUUCACUGAGCAAGAAUAUUGCUGCUACAUCUUCCAAAUCUGAUCACUCUAAUGCUGUCCCUGUCUUCUCAUCACUCUCAGCAGGAGAGACUUCGGAGUUUACUGUAAUAUUUUCUCCAAGGAAUGCCAAGGCACUAUGCUGCAAUGCCAAAGUACAGAUUUACCUUAGUGGACACUAUGCAUCCACUGAACUUCUAGAGUCCUUACCAAUAUCCGCUUCUGUUGUGUGUCCCAAGCUAAGGGCCGACGAAAUGAAUGAAGUGGUGCACGUGUUUGAUACAGAAGAAAAAGUGAUCACACUCAGGAAUCUUGGAAGAAAUGGCCUGCAAGUGGAGUUUUUGUCCAGUAGUCCUGCUUUUGCUGUUGCUCCAAAACGAGCUUUUUUCAAUCCCACAUCAGCUAUAGAAGUUACAGUUGUGCUCGUCGGCACUUCAAGCAUGAUGUGUGAGACACCUACUGGGGCACUCCAAGCAGUAGUGCAACCGCAAGGUAUUGUGUUAGACAUACUGAAGCUUGAAGGAAAGCUGCAAGAUGCAGUGAAUAGCACAGUUCAGCCUGCUCACCCUCUGCGACAGCCAAAGAAUAAAACGUUUAUUCUUGAAAGCAGCAAGCGACUUCUCCUGUGGUCAGACGUACCAGUUGGACAGACUGUUACGAAGACCAUUGUCUUCCGCAAUCCUUCUGCAAUUCCCAUCAAAGCCAAUGUUAUGAUACCCGAGCAUCGCACUUCAUGCUUCAAGGUUUUUGUGAGAGGAGAAAGCACCCCUUGUCACAUGGUGUCUGUAUGCUUGCAACCAAGAAAAAGCAUAGAAAUUUCUGUUUCUUUUUGCCCAACUGUUGUUUGUUUUCUUCAAUCACGGCUUCUGAUCCGUGGCCAAAGUCCUGACGUUAUCAACAACAGUGUUCCUCUUUUUGGAUUUGGUGGCAAAAUGCAAGUCAGCUUGUUGGGGCUUAAUACCCUUGGACAAAGUGGCUACAUUGUAGAUUUGGGCUUAGUUCCUGAACGCCAAGCAGUCGGCCGUGAAUUUACAGUUUUCAAUGCGGGUGACUGGGAUUGCUUUGUGAUGUUCACAUUUGCUAAAGAUGCUCCUUCACUUGUAUCGCCAAUAGAAGAGGCAAAUGUUUCUCCACAGUGCCUGGUUCUGGCUAGCAAAGAAUCUCGGACUGUGUCACUUUCGGUCAAAGCAAGUUGUGCAGCCCGCAGCGCAGGAUGCGAUGAUCAAAUUGUGAAGCUUGGAACACUGAAGGUUCUGCAUGGCUUGGAAGUUCUGAGACAAUGGGCAAGAAGGACUUGCAGUCACUCUUCUGGAACACCAGAAAGCAUUUUACCGUUUUUACUUCAGUUUGAAGGGGAGAGAAGUAUGGACAACAUAUCUUUGCCAACAAGUGCCCUGCGUGACAACUUCUUGAAGACCGUCUCACAAACUGCUGUCAUUUUGACCAGUGGAGCAGGAACCAUAAUGAUGCAGGCAUCUAGCAACAUGUCCUUUCUGCCCCUCGAAGACCCGUAAGGGUCCUACCACCCUCUUGUGCUGCAUAUGAGUCUUUUUCAUAGGCUCCGAGAUGUCUGCAUCGUUGUACCCUGGUGCCAAGAACAUGGUUCAUGAAGCCGCUUUACUACAAGAUUACUUGCAUUACUGAUUUUUAAGUAGUUUGGGCACUCAGACUUGGUCCGUUACCACGAACACUAGCCUGAUGCCCUUUUGUAAAUACUGACGAAUGAGGCAACAUUUUGUCCCAACAUUGCAUAAUAAAUAUACUUGUUUGUAAUCGUA